CCCCUAUUCCUCUUUUUUUUUUUUAUUCAUAUUAGUAUUAUGGCUCAAUAUCUUAUUGCUCAAUGGGAUUAUGCUGCCGAAGGGGAGUUCGAAUUAUCCUUUCAACAAGGUGACCGUAUUAAACUAUUAGAAAAACAUAACGAUGAUUGGUAAGUUUGAAAAAUUAAAAGUUAGUUUCUAUUUCUCAUUUCUUUUUUUAAUAAUAUAUUUUGUAGGUGGGAAGGUGAAUUGAAUGAUACCAUUGGAUUCUUUCCUGCAAAUAGAACUCAAUUAGAAAAACCAUCUUCUACACUUAGUAAGUAUAUUUAUUUCUCAAUCAUGUCUUUUUUUCAAUUACUGGAAUAUGGUUUUUUUUUAAUAGUUGAUACUCAACUUUCUCCUACAACUGACACAACACCAACCUUAUUACCACAACAACAACAACCUCCAAUUAUUACUUCUCGUCCUUCAUCUUCUUCACAAAAUUUACCUGAAUUACCACUGGACUGGUCUUUUGCAUAUGAUGAUGAAGGUACAAUAUAUUAUUUCAAUGAACGUACCGGGGAAUCAAGAUGGGAACCACCAACAAAAGGACUAGAACAAAAAGAUCAAUAUCAAGAGGAAUCAUCACAACAACACUUAUCAGCACCACCGCCGCCACCACGAACAUCGUCAAGAAAGGAUUUGACAACACAAGAAGAUCUGGAAUUAGAAAAUGCAUUUUAUCAACUCGAUCCUGAAGCAAUGAAGAAAUUGGCGUUGGAACGAUUAGAUCAAAACAAUAUACGAUAUCAGGGUUAUGUACAAAUGAAAAUGGUGGCUAUUGGUGGUAAACUCAGCUCAUGGAAAAUGUAUUAUGCAAUAUUGUUACAAGGCUACUUGUUGUUGUACAAAGAAACACACGUCAAAUACCGCAAAAAGAUGACUACCAUUCCUCCUGUAGGCAGCUUUGAUUUGGAAGGUUGUCAAAUUGAUCCUGCUGGAAAAAACGAUACCAAACGAAAACAUUCUUUUAUGAUCACCAUUCCUCCUCCACGUCAAAAAGUCACAUUAUAUAUUCAAACUGCCAAUGAUAAUGAAUGUGCUGCUUGGUUGGAUGCCAUUAUGCGAGAAUUAAUUCGUCGAAAAGAAGGAAAAUCACAGGAUAUUGAUAUUCUUCAAUUAUUACGUGCCUUGACUCUGGACGACAAGCAAAUGAAAGUCAACAAGAAAAUGACUAAAAAUAUGGAUACAGAGGAUCGACAAGAUAUUGGAGUCAAUGUGGAUGGUCGCCCUAACAAGAAACUUGGUUGGUUCUCUGGGAAUGCGAAACACAAGAAUCCAGGUACUCAGGUUCAAACAAUGGAUAUUAGUCAUCAAGGUGAUAAUGAUAUAUUUGGAGGCUUCCUUUAUUUGGAUCAAGAUCAAUAUGUACCAGUAGUUGUGCGACAAUGUAUUGAACAAGUAGAAAUGAAAGGGUUAGAUUCCGUUGGUAUUUAUCGUUUAUCUGGACCAGCAUCUACCAUCCAAAAAUACCGAACAGCUUAUAAUCGACGUGAACUUGUCGAUCUUGCAGAAGAGCAUGACAUCAAUGUGGCGACUGGACUAUUAAAACUCUACUUUAGAGAAUUGAAGAAUCCUUUAUUAACUUUUGAAUAUUAUGAUUGGUUUAUUGAGGCUGCUCGGAUAAGUGACUAUGAUGAUCGCAUGUAUCAAAUCAAAUCCAUUAUUCACGUUUUACCCAAGGCCAACUUUAUUGUAUUAGAAUAUUUAAUGCGACAUUUACAUCGAGUGGCCGAACAUAGCGAUCUCAACAAAAUGGAAACCUCUAAUUUGGCAUUGAUCUUCUCGGUUGGUUUAUUACGUACUCCUCAAGAUGAUAUUUCUAGCAUUAUGCAUACCGAUUUACAAAGUAAGAUUGUGGAGGCCAUUAUUCAACAAGUCGAUUGGUUUUUUGAAGUCGAUGAAGAAGUCUAGUGGAUAUUUUUUUUUCUUUUUGUAUUUUGGAAUAAUAAAAUUGUAUGUAUGUGUCA